AAUUGAAGAGUUCAAAACCAGCAACUUCUCUCUCUCUUUCUCUCCCUCUCUCUCUCUCUCGCAAGGAACGAGAGAGAACCCAAUUUAUUUCUCAAUUGCUCUGAGCUCGAACGAAAUCUCCUGCAAGAUAUCGCUCAUUAAACCAGGGUUUGCGAGAUAGGAAGGCAUGGACCUCAGCUCCGCCGUCGUUUCGCUUGGACGGGACGACGAGAUGAAUGGGACUAACGUUUCAGAAUUACCAGUUGGACCUGGCGUUUCAGAAACCCUAGCGGACCGGUCGUCGGGAUUGGGUUCGGUGGACGAGGGCUUGGGGUCUGUAGAUAGGCGGAACGGAGCAGAGGCAGAAACGGGGCGUGUAGAUAGCGUGGAUGGUGCUAAAGCGGUUGAUAUGUUGAUUGAAAGUGAACUUGAGGGGGAUGAUGGUGGGGAUGCGAAUUCAGCGGAGAAAAGUGAAGGCGAGAGCAAGAAUGUUGGUACAUUUUAUGAGGAAGAAGCAGAAACGAGACAUGUAGAUAGCGUGAAUGGUGCUAAAGCGGUUGAUAUAUCGAUUGAAAGUGACCUCGAGGGGAAUGAUGAUGGGGAUGUGACUUUAGCAGAGAAAAGAGAACGUGAGAGCAAGAAUGUUGGUGCAUUUUCUGAGGUAGAACGGAAAGAAGGUGCAAUGGGGGGAACAAGUUUUGCCGAGGAGGGAGGGGAUAGGAAUGAGGGUUCUCAGCUUGUUGAAGAGAAAAUGAACGUGAGAGCUGGAUGCGUGGCACUUUCCGAUCUAGAGUAUGAGGGCUUGAUCCCUGUUCCCAUGGCAGUUUCUUCCAGGAUGCCUUUACAUGGUGGAGUUAAAGCUGAUAAUUCCAGGGUUUUAGAAUUUUCUGACCAACUUCCACAUGGAAGUCUGUCUUUGGCAGUGGCAGAUGGGGACUUGAAGUAUGGUGGCAGCAUAGAAAAUGAAGGAACUGAGAUUAAAGGAGACUCAAGUAGAUUAGUUCAUUUAGUGGAUGAUGCAGCUCCUCACAUUAAUGGGUUUGGUUCAGAUGGAAACCAACAGGUUGUAACUAAAGCACCAACAAGAGGCAUUCACCAGCCACAAUAUGUUGGGAUAAGACACUUGAAACAUAAUGGUUUGCUGGAGACUCAAGGGAAAGAAUGUUGGACUGAAAAUGAAAAUCAGAUUCAUGCGUCUGACCUAGUAUGGGGCAAAGUGAGGAGCCAUCCAUGGUGGCCUGGACAGAUUUUUGAUCCUGCUGAUUCAUCAGAAAAGGCAAUGAGAUACUGCAAAAAGGAGCGUUAUUUGAUAGCGUAUUUUGGGGACGAGACAUUUGCUUGGAAUGAAGCAUCACGGAUCAAGCCAUUCUAUGAGCAUUUUUCUAAAAUGGAGAAACAGAGCAGUAUGGAAGCUUUCUGUCAUGCUGUGCAUUGUGCAUUGGAAGAGGUUUCGAGGCGGGUUGAGUUUGGCCUGGCUUGUUUAUGCUUGUCAGAGGAGGUGUAUAAAUCCAUCAAAACACAAAUUAUUGUUAAUGCUGGAGUUCGGAAAGAAUCAAGUAGAAGAGAUGGAGGGGAUGAAAAUUCAAGUGCAGGCUCCUUUAUCCCCACUGACCUUGUCCACUAUUUGAAAGCUUUAGCACAGUCUCCAUCUGAUGGAACUGAUCAAUUGAAAUUUGUCACAGCACGAGCCCAACUCUUGGCUUUCAACCGUUGGAAGGGUUUUUAUCAGCUGCCCAAGUUCAAAAUGCUUGGUGAUUUAUUGGAGGAUGAAGCGAACGCCCUUUUAACAGGUGAAACGAAGUGUUCUGAGGGACUGGAUAGGAAUGAAAUUUGUGCACCCACAUGCAACAAGCAAGUUCCAAUGGGAAAAGGAAAGUUGACUGCUCAAGACAGUUCUUUUAGGAAACGUAAAAAAAUAUCCAAAAAUGGUGUGUCCCCAAGCAAAAAAGAGAGGCGCAUAUCUGACUUGCUGUCUGAGAGUCACAAAAAUUUGUCAGAUGAAGAGAGUGAGCCUGGGAGGAAAGCUAGCAGGAAGUUGACUUACUCUUCUGUUAAGAAACGCAAGUCGGGUGAUAUUAUACCUGACGACUCAAAGGCGAAGAUCGGAAAAACUUCUUUGUCACCAUUGAUCACGAGACAUGCUUCAAGGAUUGGAGAAAGCAUAACCAGGGUUGCACGGAAACUAGCCGUGUCAACUCCAAUUCUAAAGAAUACUUAUAGAAAAACAGGUUAUGGUGGAAGCAACAAAACAUCUUCCAAUAGAAGACAGGUCAUUUUAGCAGAGUGUCCUCCUCCAAAUGAGAUGCUUUCACGACUCUUUCUUGUUGCCAAAGAUCCAAUUGGAGUGAAACAUUUAUUGAGUACUAGUGUUGAUUUUCUCUCUGAGUUCAGGAAUUCAUUUUGCCUGGAGGACUCAACCUUGUUAAAACGUGAAAAGUCAAUGAGAGAAGUGUCUGGUAAGCAGACUGGGAAAAAGUUAUCUACAUUGGGGAGCAACACUGAAGGGCAAGCAUCACUUGAACUUGAGACCUCAAAUGGAAAGGGGAGCGCUAUCAUUGAACCAGAAGCAGCUCUUGAGUUGGACUCAAAAUUGAAUUUGAAACAGGAAAGUGCUGUUGUGAACUCUGGAUUGGCGGCAAAACCAACCAGUCCAGUGGAUGAGAAAUGUAAGGAACAAUGCAUUCCAACUGCAUUAAUUCUGAACUUUACAAACUUGGAUACUGUUCCUCCAAUACCAAAUCUCAACCAGAUAUUUAGCCGUUAUGGACCUUUAGAGGAAUCAGAGACUGUGGUGCUGAAGAAGAGCAAACUCCACCUCGUUAAGGUGGUCUUCAAGAGGUGUGCCGAUGCUGAAACUGCUUUCAGCAGUACUGGAAAAUACAGCAUGUUUGGGCCUUCAUUGGUCAGUUACCGCCUUGAUUACUCACCUGUGCUUAAAACUUCUAAUUCUGCAACAAAGAAAUGCAGGAAGGCCACAACAUCUGUGGAAGGAAGUGUUGCUUGAUAACUGAUGCACCUCUGUUUAGGUAUUUGAAAAGUUAUACAUAAUUCAGUGGUUAUAGUUUUUUAUAAACCCAUUGUUAUCUUGGGUGGAUUAGUUGAACAUCUGCUUGCAAAUAUGUCCAAGUAGGAGUGCAUUCAAUUUUACUGAUCUGCUCAGAGCUCCCUAGAACACUGACUCAAUAAUAUUGCUGACUUUUUUUCUUUCUUUUUUUUGUGUAAACGUUCUAGAAAUUUAUUCGUUUAAAAUUUAUAUUUAAGAAGUAGUUAUGAAAUUUCCAUUUUGUUUAUGUGCAUUUUUAUGUGGCAGUUGCAACACAGAUCGUCAGAAUAAGAAAGAAAGUGGGGUGACUUUCUGCAUGCAUUCUUUUUCUGUGAUGAAAUGCUUAUAUAGUCUGGUUUAUGGGAUACCGAGCGGUUUAGGUUAUUUUCCAAAGUCAAUAUGAGUUUAGAGUCCAAUUAGCAUUACCUAUAAGAAAAAAGGUUCAGUUUAUGGUCAUAAGUUAGGCUGGAUAUAGAUGUAUUUUGAAUUUAGCAGGUGUCAUGCAGUUGCAUGGUAUGGAAUUCUUAAUUAGGAAACAAGAAGAGUGGCAUGUUUGGUCGCUUGAUUAACCAUUUAUGACUAUAUUCCAAUGGUCUUUGUUAUAUAUUAACUUGAUUUCAUUGCUUACCUGAAAUAUUGGCCGAAUAAUUUUAUAGCAACUAUAGUAAUCACUCUAUGUUUUGUAUGGUGGGGAAUUUUUAAUGAACAAGUAUAUGAACACAUCGACAUGAAGACUGCAUUAGAGCCCUUCGGUUCCUGCCUUGUAGUCUGCUUAUAUGUUCACUGCUGUCCAUGUUUUAUUUUUCAUUACUGUAGGAUCUUGUAUUUUUACUCAAGUGGAUGUUCUCUCCAAUUAAUUCUAACCCUCCUUGAACAAUGUAUCUGGUUUAUUUUCUUUUCUAUUAACGGAAAUUUUUACUGCCUCAUCACUCAUCCAUAUUGCUGCUGUUAUUAUUAUG